AUAGAGUUCCGGUCUUGGAGGAGCUUUCCGGUGUGGUACAGUUCCCUAUUCCAUCAAUCUGCACCCUGAGCUGGUGACUACAAUCACCAGCGCUUCAAUCCAAUCAGAUACCAUUUUUAAUCCUUUGCAUUCGUUGGUUUUAAUACGAUCAAAUAAAAGUACCACCAUACCCGUCACUCACUAUAAAGGGCGGCGACAAAGAUACGUCAAUCAUAAUUCGGUUUAUUUGAUAGAUGUGUGUGGAAAAAAUGUGAUUCUUUAUUCCUGACCGAGAGACGGUCGUGGACGCAACGCAAAUUGUGACUCAGUUGGGUUUUUCAACAGGAAAAUAUUCUUUAUUUGAUUGAAAUUGUGGAAGAGCAGUGCGCAAGAUAAUUGAAACCUUGAUAUUGACAUUUAUUUUUGGGAGAAAGUUAAACUAUUAUUAUGUCGUCACGUGUCAAUAAUGUGGAAUACAGUACGCAUUGUCUGUGGAUAAUUGUGCUAAUAAAUUUGCAUUUUAUAUCCGGGAAAAGUAUCAGUGAAUCUUGCUGGCAUCAGAAUGGCGUUGUUGUUGAGUGCAAAUGUGUUGGAAAUGAAGAACUGACCCUGCCUGAGACCUUCAAUUACGAACAUUUGACUCACCUGACAAUCUCGUCGUGCGUUUCAGCGAAUCUAGAGUUCGACAGUCUCGAGCAUGCACAGUACAUUCGUGACAUCACAGUGGAAAAUAUCACCGGGACAUUGUUAUUCCAUCCUAUGCUUGUGUCUAAGUACAUGGGCGUGUUCGAGAUAAAAAAUGUCGGACGUAUACCGUUGAUUGGACAUCACAUGUUUACGAGUAUAAUGAGCAUCGAGACAUUUAAAAUCGAAAACACAAGAAUUGAAAAUUUUGAUGAGACUUUCCAAGGCAUCAACAUAACAAAUUUAAUCUUCCGAAAUGUCACAAUGGAUGCAACAUCGGGAAUCAAUUUCUGGGUCAAUGCCAAGUCACUGAAGAUCAUUGACUCCGUGAUACGCAAUGUCACCGGUAAUUUUAACGUUGGGAGUUUUGAAUCGAUCGAACUUCUGAACUCAAUGUUCGAGUUCCAGAUGCCAGGGCAAAUGUCACUCCACGGGAAUACAGCGAAAAUUAAUAACUGUACAUUUUACAACAUAACUGUCAUUAUUGUUGCCAAGAGAAAUAUUGAGAUGAAGAAUAAUUGCGCAGAUGGAAAGAGUUUGUUGAGACUUGAUUCAAGAUUAAUUAACAGCUAUGGUAACAGGUCUCCAAAUGAAAUAACUUUUCUCAAGAGCAAUAUGACGGAAAUUCUGGCCUAUAACAAUACUGUGUGCAUUGCUGCUAGUUGCAAAUGCCCGAGAAGUUUUCAUCGGAGUUGUCAGAGUAUUCUGACUGUCAAUGUUUCUCUUGGAAUUAUUUUAAUACUCAUUUCGUAUCUCUUGUAAUCAACAAGCCAAUUUCAUUUAUCGAGAUAGCAAGUGGAGAGUCUCGUGAAUUUAAGUCUAGUAUAAAUUCUUUUGCUAAUGAAUUGACAAGUUACUUUUGUUUAUGGCUUCCAAAAACGUGAUUCAAAAUUUUGUUCUCCAGCAGACAAUAGCAACAAUCGAAGAAAAUUCAUGACUUACCUUUUGUUAAAUAUGACCACACCUAAGCCGUAGUUUCUGUCCAGAGUCCAGAUGAUUCCAUAUGAAGCUCAACACCAUUAACAUGAAGUGCCAACUCUUGUCGCAAAUCAUUGAUUUCCUGCAUCAUUAAGCUAUUAUUCUCCUCCAAACGAUUUAUUGUCUGUUGAUAGAGACGCAUUUUUUUUUCUUGCUCGGUCUGAAGACUCAUCGUCGAGAGUCGCGUUCUCGGUACAUAAGUUCCUAGAUAAUUAUCUGUUUAUUACGAGAAGAAGAUUGGGUAAUUAACAGUCGAGCGGGAGAUACUCACCGACAGUCUUCUGCAAUUGAUCACGAAGUUUAUUUCCACUCUGUUGAAUUCUACGUAUUUCGUGAGUAUGUUGGUCGUCCUUUGACUGGAUUUGCUUCUUCAACUUCAGCGUCUGCAGGCAAAAUCAUUAAAUCACAUUUUAUGAAAGAAAUAGACGUACUUGAAAAUCGUCAUUACUUACCUCUUCCUUUUCACGUUUAACUUCUCGGUUUAAAUUAUUGAUUUUAACGUUUAGCUGACGCUCUCUCUCCUGGACUUCAUUUAAAUUACUGUCUUUCUUCUGAAUCGCUUCUUUAAGUCUUUUAAUUUGAUUCUAAUUGGACAGAUAAUUCAUACUUCCGUAAUGAUUGUGUAAUGGUAUCUCAGUAGUAAAGACGACUGUUAAUUAAUUUAUUGCAUGACAUGUUUGUAUUCAAUAAAAUAACAAAUCCUGAAUUUAUACCAAGAAACUGUAGUUAUGAACAAUGUAAGAAUUUUUACGGACAUUACUUUUUCAGGCAUCUGUGAUUAUCCUUUUCCAUAAAAAUUGGAAAACAUAUUUUCCAUUUUGUCAACCGAUUCAACUCAAUUCCAGAAUAAAAAAAUGUCAUGCAUAAAUGUAAUUUCACAAAUUUAUUUAAUUCUUACCGAAGAAUAAUCCAGUCGAUAGUAAGUUAGCAUUAAAUGUUGGAAAUCAAUUAAUGUAAAAGUUACACAAUGAAAUAAAGUGAAAUAUUACGAACUUA